AUGUCCAAAAACGCAAACCAUGCAAUCGUGUUUGGGGCUGCUGGCCUACUCGGUUGGUCUGUCCUUAACCAAUUGACCUCUAAUUACCCCGAAUCUGGAACAUUUUCAAGAGUAACGGCUGUCGUCAACCGACCGAUAUCCGAACCCGACCUGAACUUAUCUUCCAAAGGAACUCAAGAUUCUGCAAAGCCAAAAUUACAGAUUGUUUCAGGAAUAGAUCUACGAGACGGUACCGGGGAGGCUUUGGCACAUCAGCUUCAAACCAAUGUCGCCGAUGCUGAGACCAUUACCCAUGUGUUCUACUUUGGUACACUAAGCCCCUGGCUAUCUGACGCCGUCGAGGAGUGCAAGAUCAACUGCGAUAUGAUGCGGAGAGUUGUAGCCGCAGUGAACAUAAUAUCCCCAGCUCUCAAAGCUUUCAUCUACCCCGGUGGUACAAGAAGACUCAAGGGGUACGGAAUCUACAUCCCUGGUGGUACUUUUCAGGCACCGCUUGAUGAGGCGAUGGCAGACCAACUUCCUGAUGAUUAUGCCAAGACUGUGGCCUACCCGUGGUUCAGAAAGAUCCUAACUGAAGCCAGCAACGGGCGUGGUUGGUCAUGGACAGAGGUGUGCCCCGAUGCUGUUAUCGGAUUUAGCCCAAAUGGCUCUGGGUGGUCUCUUGCCCUCCACUGGGCACAAUACUUGUCUCUGUACUCGCAUAAUAAAGGCGCAGGUGUUGCAACCGAAGGCUCUAAAACUCCGGUGCCGUUUCCUGGAUGCGAAGAAGCACUGGAUAGCAAGUUUACUCCAGUUUCCAGCAAAAUUCUUGGGCGGAUCGCCAUAUUCGCCGCAUUGAACCCCGAUGUAUGUGGCGGGAAGGUCAUCAAUAUGGCGGAUGGUGCCCAUCCUACCACUUUUCGCCAGCUUUGGCCAAUGAUUGCUGCUUGGUUCGGGCUUGCUGGUGUUGGCCCUUCUGCAGAGACGGAUGCGCCCAAACCAGGCGAGUAUGUCAAGAAGCAUGAAACCAUUUUCUCGGAGAAGAAUCGUGCGAAAGCGUUAUCUGGCGGUGUUGGAGCAGGGAGCAAACAGUUGGACAGCGUCGGAUUUUGCCUCACAUUCGACCGACAAUUGAGCUUAGAACGGCUGCGAGCCUGUGGUUUCCAUGAACGCCGCGAUCCAAUCGAAGGAUGGAUUGAGGCAUUUGAGCAGUUCAGGGAGGCGGGACUCAUUCUGUGA